AUGUGCGUAGAUGGAUCAAGAAUUUACACUGACAAGAGUUCAGCUUCAGUUUUGGAUUUCCGUCUUGCAUUCACUCUCUCCAGUUGUUCUUUUUUCUUUUUCUUUUUUUCUUUUCCAGUAUUUUUUUCUCUCUUUCUCCCUUUCUUGUUUUCAUUAUAUCUUCUACCAGUUAUACUUUCUCUCUCUUUAUCCAUUUACUCCCUUUCGUCUCUCUCAAAAGAUCUUAAUCUCCUUUUUUCUCUUUCUUAUUUCCUCUUUCAAUUUUUCUCUCUUUUUGUCACCGUUUCUUUCUCACUUUCGCUCACGAUUUCUUCCCAAAGUCUGUUCCCACUCUCUUUCUCCCAAUCUCAAUAUCAAUCUCUUUAUGAUCUCUUUCUCCUUUCCAUUGAUUCAUUUACCUUCUUUUUCAAACUCUCUAUGCUAUCAAUAUUUCCCUUUUCCUGUCUUACACAUUUCCUCUUUUUACAUUACUCACUCACUAUUGUAUUUCUCAGAUAG